AUGAAAUUUGGUAAACAUCUUUUAAGCAGACAGUUGGAGCUACCUGAAUACAAUGGGCACUUUAUAAACUAUAAGGCUCUGAAGAAACUGCUGAAACAGUUAUCGGUUCCCGUGGCAUCUGAAGAUCGAGUGUCCUCUUCACAAGAGGAUGACGUAUCCAUGGGUAAUAAGACACCGUCGCUUCCAUCUUACCAGGUCUUACAAAGUAAUAAAGUGUCCUUUUUUUUCAGGUUAGAAAGGGAAUUGGAAAAGGUAAAUGAAUAUUAUAUGGAGAAGGAAGCGGACAUAAAAAUUAAGUUCGAGAUUCUUCAGACAAGAUAUCAGGAUUACUUAAAAAAGGGUAGAUUAAGUUCCAAACAGGUUUCUUCGUAUCGCCAAAUUAGGGAUGGAAUAAAGAAGUUUGAAAGAGAUUUGUCUCAUUUGGAGCAAUUUAUAGAGCUGAAUAGGACAGGCUUUUCCAAGGUUCUGAAAAAAUGGGAUAAGAGAUCGCACUCACAUACAAAGGACUUUUAUUUGUUAACUGUGGUAUCUGUGCAGCCGGUUUUUGCCCAUAACGAACUCUCAAAAUGGAAUGAUGAGAUUUUGUCUAUGUUACUUGAGUUGGAAGAGGUCAGUAACGAUGAUAGUAAAUCUGUGUUUGACACUAGUACUUCGUCAAUUGUAAAGCCACGUAAUUACCAUAUUGACCCCUCAACAGAAUUUGACCUAGUAACGACUCCUACUUUCGUACCGACGCAUUUAAAAGACAAUUCUAGUAUAGAAUCCUCGUUCGCAUCUGUGAGUCAUCUAGCUGAUCUUGAGUUAGAAGUCGAAGGAUGGUACAUGGAGGUGUUACAUGUUAGCAAAUUAAAUGACCAGAACCUAAAGCAGCAACUGAUAAAGUCCUUUGUUGAAACUAAAGUUCAAUCUUUCGUUGCUAAUAAAAUUCAUCAAGAAGGUAUAGACAAGGAUCUAAUUUCAAAGGAGCUCCUGACUAAAAUAUUUUCACUUUUAGUCACCAGCAGUAUUGAUGACGAGUCUUUACAAUAUUUCUUUACAUGUGGAAAAGCUCGUAUUGAUCUCACACAAUGCAAAGAUGACGAUCUGGUUUUCUCUAGGAGGAACGUUUUUCAUGAAGCUGCCAGUUGCCAAUCACAAUCUAGGGUUUUCAUAUUAAAUGAGGCUUUACAACAAUAUCAUAAUUCCAUUAUUCCUGAGCAUACGCUACGAAAGCUACUGAAUGCCCAAGAUGUCCAUGCACGUACUCCACUACACUACGCAUGUGAAUUAGGGAAAACAGAUUUUGCAACUCUUCUGAUACAGUCUUGGAUGUUAGACUCGGUUGAUAUUCCAGACACAGACUCAAAAACACCCUUGGUUUUAUCAAUUAUCAAGAAUCAUGUCGAUAUAACGAGGCUUUUGUUAGUUGAUGCCAAAGUCAAUCCCAAUCCGGAAGCUAAUGAGUCUAAUAAACUGCAAUUUUCCCCUUUAAACGUUGCAUGUGCUCACGAGAAUUUUCAGGCUGCGAAAAUGAUCUUGGAAUGCGGUAAUAUUGACCUGCAAAAUGUACAAGAUUGUCAAGGCCUGUGUCCCUUGCAUGUUGUAGCUAAAAAUGGUGGAAAUGAGAACUUGAUUAAGCUGUUAAUUACUUACGGUGCGGAUCCUAACGGUGUAGAUAAUUUUAACAAAUGGACUCCGAUUUUUCAUGCAAUACAGGAAGGUCAUAGUGAUACAGUCCGGCUACUUCUAAACCAUGGGGCUAAUUGGGAUGUAGUUGACGAAGAUAAUUUGUCACCACUAUUUUAUGCCUUGUGGGAAGGUAACCUCUCAGUUUUGAAUAUCCUUUUGGAGUGGUCAAAGAAAUCCUCUACUCAAAAACGCAUCUCAUCCGUGUCUCCGAAAAUCCCGGAACUAAAAAUAUCAUUUAAUGACUGUUUGAGUUCAGACUCGUUAGGUGACAUACCAGAUUUUGAACUGCCUCCACCAAUUAUUCCUUUAAGGAAAUAUGGGCAUAAUUUCCUGGAACAAAAGAUAUUCGUGAAAAUAGUGUUUCAACCAGGGAAAGAGUCAAUCAAGAUUAAUAAGGAGGACGAAAUAGUUUUGUCGGAACCUGGAAGGGUGACUUUGACAUCUAAUUUUUCGGAUAUCAUUCCUCGUAAUGUCUUGUUGCCAUUGCAAGAUUAUGAAGAUCGAGUAAUUAUGUUCCAGGUUGACAAACUCGAAGGUUUUUCUAUUGACUUUGAAGUAUUUCCAACUUUCGGAACGAGGCUCAUUGCUAAGACCAAUGCAAUGUCCUCAAUCUUUCGCGAAGUUAAUAAUCAACAUUAUAACGACGGGCAUGUAAUUUUACCGCUGUUUGAUUCUAGACUGAAGUAUGUCGGCACUUUAGAGUUAUGCUACCAGGUUAUUUUUCCAUACAAUGGUAAACCUUUGGAAAUUGCCAAGUAUGACACAUACUGGAAAUCUACCACUAGUAGAGAGCAGGGGCCCAUUCGCCAACCUUUUGUCACAUCAUCGUCAUUAUCUGGCAAGUUCGUCAACGUUAUGGUCACUAUCUUGAGUGACGGAAAAGUUAUAGCAGCUCCUGACAAGGUUAUUGCCAUCUCAGAAAAUGUAAACCUUUUCCUAAACGAUAUAAGAUCAGAACAGUUGGAAAGCCUGUGUAAGAUGAAGCUCGAUGAUAUACCGAAAAUUCAGACUGUUGAUCAACUAAAGCAGCUCUUACGAAACCGGUAUAUGGACCUUGAUACUUUACUGGCCCAAACCGAUCCAAAUAUUAAAAUGGAUAUUCAUGUUUACUUUCCAACACCAGCGGAAAUUAGUACUAUCCCGGUUAAUGUUUCUCCUCUCGUUAAUGUCAACAAAUUUGUUGAUAAUUUACUAUUAAUCACUUUCUGCCAUAUGCGAUACUUGAACCACAAUAACAUGCACACACGUUCAAUUGUAUUCUCAUCCUGCAACGCUCUCCUUUGUUCCAUAUUAAACUGGAAGCAACCUAACUACCCGGUUAUAUAUCGAAUGAAUGGAUUAAAAAAGGAGGAUGGUGUUUUUGUCGAAGAAACUUCAAAUCACCUAAAGCACUUAGCUGCUGACCCAAGUGCAGUAUCCUUUACUGACUACUGCUCUCGUUCGAUUCGGGAAGUUGUGAAUUUUGCUGCGAAUAAUAAUUUGCUUGGUAUCUGUAUUCCUCUGGAAUUACUGAAGAUUACACCUAAAAUAAUUGAACGAAUCAAGCAAUGUGGGCUCUUGUUAAUAGGUUCUCAACUACCCGAUGAUGAUCGGGAAUCUUUUGAGUUUCUCGAUUCUGACAUAAGUGCAAUAAAUACCGUAUCCGAGCUGGAAUUCAGGGCGCUCUCUAAAUGA